AUGGCAUUGAAAAACCAGCUAGUUGUCCAACCGUUCUCUGAGGAUCAGCCAGCCCCGUUGUUAUCAUACGGAUUACCAUAUCACGAAGCAUGUCGUUUCCAUGUAGACUCAACCUGGACGUGCAAGAGAGUAUACUUGCUCCUGUCUGCAUCCCUGACAAAGAACAGCGACGUCCGCAAGCGAAUGCAGAAAGCGCUUGGAAGCAAGAUUGUUGGAGAGAGAGUCGGCAUGAAACCUCAUACCUUAUGGUCAGAGGUCCUGGAAGUCGUGAAAGACAUGCGAUCUCGCGAAGCUGAUUGUAUCAUUUCCCUUGGCGCCGGGAGUCUGACGGAUGCCAUCAAGCUGAUAGCAUGGGCAGAGGCGAAUGGAGUUCACGACGAGAAUGAUCUGAGCAAGCUGGCAGAUCGUGAUUCGCCUGGAUAUGCGAGCCUCACACCCCCUACAAUCAAGACAAUCGCGGUGCCUACUUCCCUAUCGGGAGGCGAGUACACAUCCUUUGCAGGAGCAACUAAUGAUAGGACCUUCAAGAAGGUACUCUUCGCUCCGCCUGUUCAAAAUCCAGGUCUGGUUGUGUUGGAUCCGGAAGUCGCAGCCACAACGCCGAGUCGCCUGUUCCUCGGUUCCGGUGUCAGGGCCAUAGACCAUUGUGUGGAAACUAUGUGUUCCCUCAACUCCAACGAAAAAGGAGACCAAACAGCCAUCCACGGACUUAGGUUACUGGUCCCGGCACUGCUGGCCUACCACAAAGAACCUAGCAAUUUGGCCGCUAUCCACGAUGCGCAGCUUGGAGCUGCUGAAGCUAUGAAGACAGGUGUCUACGUUCCUGACAAGGGCGGGAGUCAUGCUAUUGGUCAUAUGCUUGGGCCUCUUGGGGUGGCACACGGCGAAACGAGCUGUAUCUUACUCCCGGCUGUGUGCAGAUACAAUGCCGUAAAAGGUGCAAACACCCAGCAGCAGGAGAGACUCGCCACGGUCUUGCUGCAAAUCUCAGAAGUACAGUCCUUGGUAUCUGGUAGCCAGAAGGAUCUUGCCAGUAUAAUAGAAGCUCUGGUCCAAGCGCUGGGUCUGCCGCGAACGCUGAAGCAAGUGGGCAUCUCGAGGGAUGUUUUCGGUACUCUUGCCGAAAACACGCUUUCUGACAUGUGGGCAAAGACAAAUCCUGUGCCAUUGGUCCAGAAGGAACAAGUGCUUGAUAUACUUGAGAUGGUAGCAGAGUGA